AUGGCGCAGGGCAGGGGCCCCAACUUUCCGGCGGCGCUGGCGAUCGCGCCGAAUGCCCCGGACGCUGGACAUGGGACAGAGGCAUGGCAGCACGAUAGCGCAGCGGACAUUGCCGCAUUUGGGAUUGCUGGGCGCAUCUGGGAAUCGGCUUUUCUUCUGAUGCGCUACGUCGAGGACGACGCGUACGUGUACGACCCCCCGUGCUCCAUGAUUGGCAACGAUGCGCCACGGACCGUGCUGGAGCUUGGUUCGGGCGUCGGGACUGCCGGCCUGGCGGCCGCUGCAGCGCUGCACCGUACCGGCCUUGGACACACGGUCGUGCUGACCGACCUUGCUGAGGUGUGCCCGCUGCUUGAGCGCAAUGCGCGCACGACGCAGGAGCGUGGCGUCGACGUGCGUGUACAUGCACUGCCGUGGGGCGAUGCCGCCGCCGCCGCCGCCGUGCAGCGUGCGCUGCCGCGGCCGAUUACGCACGUCCUGUGCUCGGACCUGGUGUACUUCCCUGAGCUCCUUGCGCCGCUCCUGCGCACACUCCUCGACCUGACGGCGUGCACGCCUUCGCCGGAAGUCGUGAUCGGGUACAAGAUCCGCUCGCUCACAAAAGAGCAGCCGUUCUGGGCCGCUUUUGGGGCAUGGUUCGACUUCCAGGUCGUGUACUGCGCGCCGGCCACGCGCCCGACGGCGUGGGCGCCGCUGGGGUCGGAUGCCACACAUCUCGCGCACGGCCCGCCAGGCCAGGUGCCGGACGACUACUUUGUCUUUGUCGCGCAUCGCCGGCCCGCGACGCUGCGCCAGGCGCCGCCGGCGUCGGAUGCCCAGCUCUUGCAAGGUUUCCGCGUCGUCGAAAAAGAGCCGCACGAGGUGUUUGAUACGGACAUGUCGGGCGUCGACACGUUUGAGUGGCUCAUGCUCAGCCGUACUAUGUAUGAUUAG